AUGCCGUAACUGGUGGAUCCGCCGCACAACCGCAUUGUUGUUGGGGGAAAGAAACCAGGGAAGCUCAUUAGCAAGUCGCUAAAGGACAUUAGUAAUUGGUGGCUUUUCCGAAAUAUUUAUGUUUCUAAUAGAAUCGAAUUUGGAAUUUAGACAGUCGUGGUGGAUACGUCGCCGUAUCUUUUAAAAUUACAAAUCAAAGCUGCUCGAGCGGUGCCCGUUGGAUGAGAGGAUUGUGUGUGGAUUUACUGCUGCUGCUCUGCAGGCCACAUCGCCAUUGCUUGCAAGCGCUGCUGUUUUCAAAAGCGGAAUUUCAGAAGAAACGAAGUUUCAUAAGGUCUUCAAGAUGAAGAAAAAAGUGCGGCAUCCUAAUCGCAUGUCCACACCCCAGAGACCCCCUUCGCCCAUCAAACCCUCACCAAACAAGGAGACACUGACCUAUGCCCAGGCCCAGCGCAUGGUGGACCUGGAGAUAGAUGGCCGCGUGCACCGGAUCAGCAUCUAUGACAAGCUGGAUGUCAUCGCUGACGAUGACCCCACAGCCCAAGAGAUCAUGGAGUGUAACAGCAACAAGGAGAACAACGAGAAGCCCCAGCAAGUCUUGAUACGUUCUGUGAGGCUCAAGUACAAGAAGAGCCCCACCCUCACCACCUCUCACGGAGCUGCUCCACAAGGGAGCGCCCUCCUUGAACCCAAGUUUCGCACUGUGGAGUACAACCUUCCUGCGGUGCCUCGAAGGCCCUCCAUCUAUUAUAAAUAUUCAGAAAAAACAGCGGAAGAGCUAGACGAGGAGGUGGAAUAUGACAUGGAUGAGGAGGAUUACGCUUGGCUGGAGCUUUUCAAUGAGAAAAGGAAAAGUGAGGGAAUCAGUCAGGUGUCCCAGAACCUCUUUGAGUUCCUUAUGGACCGCUUCGAGAAGGAGUCCUUCUUUGCCAGCCAGGGCCAGAGCGAUCCGCAGUCCCUCAUCGACGAGGACGCCGUCUGUUGCAUCUGUAUGGACGGUGACGGCCAGGACAGCAACGUCAUCCUCUUCUGUGACUCCUGCAACAUUGCUGUGCACCAGGAGUGCUAUGGUGUUCCGUACAUCCCAGAGGGCCAGUGGCUGUGUCGCCACUGCCUCCAGUGUCCCUCGCGGCCCGCAGCCUGUGUCUUCUGUCCCAACAAGGGUGGCGCCCUAAAGAAAACAGACGACGACCGCUGGGGCCACGUGGUGUGUGCCCUGUGGGUGCCGGAGGUGGGUUUUUCCGACACGGUCUUCAUCGAGCCCAUCGACGGCGUCAGCAACAUCCCGCCCGCCCGCUGGAAGCUCACCUGCUACCUCUGUAAGGAGAAGGGUGUCGGGGCCUGCAUCCAGUGCCACAAGGUUAACUGUUACACUGCAUUUCACGUCAGCUGUGCCCAGAAGGCUGGCCUCUACAUGAAAAUGGAGCCCGUCAAGGAAGUCACAGAGAUGGGGUCACCCACAUUCUCCGUCAAGAAGACGGCCUUCUGCUGCGCCCACACUCCUAAAGGGUGCACUCGGAGACCCCUGGCCAUUUACGAAGAAGGCCGGGCUAAAAACACUGUCUGUCACAAGAGGGUUGACAAAAGGGGGAGGACGAGGUUAAAAGGGUGGCAGAAGAAGAGCAAAAGAUUAGUGGUGACGGUUCCUGAGACGGAAGAAGAGUCUCCCUCUGUGCCCGGGCCCAGUAUCACCCCCAGCAGUUUCGACACAAUCCUCAAUCAAGUGUCUGUCCAAAAGAAGAAGGUGUUUGUGGAGCGGGUGCUGAGCUACUGGAUGCUGAAGAGACAGUCGAGGAACGGGGUGCCACUGAUCAGGCGUCUACAGGCCAACCCUCAGCCUCCCAAACUGGAGCAACUGGUCAGUCCAGUGGACCGCAGGCUGGAAAAUAAUCAGGCAAUGAAGGAGCAGCUAAAGAAAUGGCAUCGCCUACGCCACGACCUCGAGCGAGCCCGCCUCCUGCUCGAACUGAUCAGGAAAAGGGAGAAGCUAAAGAGAGAAGAGAUGAAACUACAACAGUCGGUUCUAGAGGUGCAGCUUACACCAUUCAACAUUCUACUACGUGCAGUCCUGGACCAGCUUCAGGAAAAGGACCAAGCCAAGAUCUUUGCUCAGCCUGUCAGCAUUAUAGAGGUGCCUGAUUAUUUUGACCACAUCAAGAACCCGAUGGACUUCUCCACCAUGAGGAAGCGCAUCGAUGCACACGGUUACAAAAGCCUGGAGGAGUUUGAGGCAGACUUCAACCAGAUAAUAUUCAACUGCAUGAAGUACAACGCCAAGGACACGUUCUUCCACAAGGCCGGUCUACGACUGCAAGACCAAGGAGGGGCCAUCCUCAGGAAGACCCGUCGGGAUGCAGAGCGAAUCGGCUUUGACUUUGCCAGCGGGAUGCACUUCCCUGAGCCGCCCAAAGUGGAGGCCCCUCCCCCGUUCUCUUGGGAUGAUGUGGACCGGAUACUAAACCCAGCCAACCGUCAGCACAUGUCUUUGGAAGAGCAACUGAAAGAGCUGCUGGAAAAGCUGGACCUGAGCAGUGCAAUGAAGUCCAGUCCAUCUCGCAGCAAGCGGCUGAAGCUGCUUAAAAAGACCAUUACAGAUGUUCGCAGCGAAAUCUACCUGAAGACGAGGCGCCCCGCCGUCACCCCUUCUGAAGUGAAACCAGCCGAGACUGAGGAGAAACCACUUCCCCCAAUUACACAGAGCACAGAGGAAGAGGAAGGCGUGUCAUUGCCCCCACCCAAACUAGAGCCACUGAACUCUUCUCCACCAGCCAUGAACUCCGAUAAUCAUUCAGAACCUCCCAUGCUAAAGCCCAUCAACGCGAAUGCGGACAAGGCUCAGAAGACCCCGAGUUGCAACAGCGUCAAGACCGAAACCGCUACCUCAAUACCCCGGGAACCCAUCAAUGGGCACAUCUCUAACCCGCAGUUCCCUGUCACUGACCUCGAUGUCGUGGCCACGUCUGUGCUAGCAAAGCCCUCAGUCACGGGUAACAGGCGGACCAAUGUGCUCUUUCGCAAGUCGAAGAGUACCAGCCCGCAGAAGGCCCCAAGGACCGCUGAGCAGCUUCCCGGCUCCCCGCCGCUGGGCGCCAAAACCUUCCUGUCUGUGGUCAUUCCUCGCCUAGAGACCCUGCUUCUACCCAGGAAGAGGACCCACAGCGCCAGUGGAGAGUGUGACGAAGAUGAGGAGGAAUCGCCCAUCAAGCGCCUCGACACAGGACUAGCUAAUGGCUUUGUUGUUGAACCGGAGACGACGGCCAGCCCCAGUAGGCCCCUAGAGCCUCGCAGGCGCUCUGCCUCCGAAUCCAGCAUCUCUUCCAGCGGCAGCGUGCUGUGUAGCACCAGUACAGUCAGAGUGCCAAAAAGUGGUAAAGGGAGGCUGUCCAUGGUACGUAGGAGCACAGUGGACGACAAAAACACACUCAUCACCUGUAUUGAAAAUGGGGACUUCACUAAAGCCGCAAAGAUUGCAGCAGAGGUUGGCAACGGAAAUAUUUGGAUGCCCACUAGUACUACAACCUAUGUACUGGAACCCCUUAAACUAGUUUGGGCAAAGUGUAGUGGAUAUCCCUCCUACCCUGCCUUGGUGAGUGCGAGUGAGAUCAUGUGUUCCAGAGACUGGCCAUCUACAGUGCCUUCAGAAACAUCUUGUGUUUAGAAUUGAUAGAUGUUAUCUUUUUUCAUAUCUACAUGCAAAAUCCUAUAAUGUCAAAGUGGAAAUUGUUUUGAAAUGUUUUAGAAAUGUUGCAUGCGCCAAUAAAAGCAUCAUUACUAACUAAAGGGAACCAUUAAAUGUUUUACCAUGAGGCCAA